AUGUCUCAAGAAUUCACUGAUUACGUCAAGAGCUCUUUUGGUCCAAAGGCCACUCCAAAGGCUAGAAGAAUCCUCACUUCUUUGAUCCAACACAUCCACGACUUCACCAGAGAAAACCACAUCACUGUUGACGAAUGGAUGUUUGGUGUUGACUUCAUCAACCGUAUCGGUCAAAUGUCCGAUGCAAGAAGAAAUGAAGGUAUUCUUGUUUCUGAUGUUGUUGGUUUAGAAGCUUUAGUCGACACUUUAACCCACGCAUCCGACUCUGUUGGUCACACUUCUUCUGCUAUUAUUGGUCCAUUCUACAGAGACAACUCUCCAGAAUACCCAUACGGUGGUUCCAUCAUCCAAAAGGAAGUCGGUGGUGAAAAGACCUGGGUCAGUGGUAUUGUCACCGACACCAACGGUAAGCCAUUAGCUGGUGCUAAGAUUGAAGUUUGGCACUGUGCUCCAAAUGGUUUAUACGAACAACAAGAUCCAGACCAACCAGAUUACAACUUGAGAGGUACUUUCUACGCUGAUGAACAAGGUAAAUACGCUUUCAUUGGUUUAAGACCAACUGCUUACCCAAUUCCUUACGACGGUCCAGCUGGUGACUUGUUGCAAAUGAUGGACAGACACCCAAUGAGACCAGGCCACAUCCACUGGAGAGUUUCUCACCCAGAAUUCCACACCUUGAUUACUCAAAUCUACGACCGUGACUGUAAGUACACCAAGGAUGACUCCGUCUUUGCCGUCAAGGAUGAUAUCAUUGUUGACUUCAAGAAGGUUGCUUCUGAUGACAAGGAAUUAGGUGACAAGGGUGUCCAAAACAGAUUAGACUAUGACAUUGUCUUGACUUUGGAAGAAGAAAUCCAAAAGACCAGAGCUAGUGUUGUUGCCAAGCACAAGAGCAUUGAAGAAGAAUUAGAAGCUCACCACAAGGCUAUUGCUGACAAGAUUGCUAAACUCAAGGCUUAA